UUGCAGGAACUCAUGCAGCCAAAAUCUGGGGCCAAUGAAACAGCCAUUACUGAGUUCAUCCUGCUGGGCUUGGUGGAGACACCAGAGCUGUGGCCAGUUAUCUUUGUACUCUUCCUCUUUGCCUACUUGGUCACAGUUGGGGGCAACCUCAGCAUCCUAGCAGCCAUCUUGGUAGAGCCUAAACUCCAUACCCCAAUGUACUUCUUCCUGGGAAACCUAUCAGUGCUGGAUGUUGGGUGUAUCAAUGUCACUAUUCCCUCAAUGUUGGGUCGUCUCUUGUCUGAUAGGCAUUCACUUCCCUAUGGAGCCUACCUUACCCAACUCUUCUUCUUCCAUCUGCUUGUAGGGGUGAACUGCUUCCUAUUGACAGCCAUGGCCUAUGACCGAUUUCUAGCCAUCUGUCAACCCCUCACCUACAGUACCCGUAUGAACCAGACGGUCCAGAUGAUAUUGGUGGCUGUAUCCUGGGCUUGUGCCUUCACCAAUGCACUGACCCACACUGUGGCCAUAUCUACACUCAACUUCUGUGGCCCCAAUGUGAUCAAUCACUUCUACUGUGACCUCCCACAGCUCUUCCAGCUCUCAUGCUCCAGCACCCAGCUCAAUGAGUUAUUGCUCUUCGCUGUGGGUUUUAUAAUGGCAGGUACCCCCGUGGCUCUUAUUGCCACCUCCUAUGCCUAUGUGGCAUCUGCAGUUCUGCGAAUUCACUCUUCUCAGGGAAAGAAGAAAGCCUUUUCUACAUGUGGCUCCCACCUCACUGUGGUUGCCAUAUUCUAUGGUUCGGGUAUUUUUAACUACAUGCGACUAGGUUCAGCUAAGCUUUCGGAUAAGGAUAAAGUUGUUGGAGUCUUUAAUACUGUCAUCAACCCCAUGUUGAACCCAAUCAUAUACAGUCUUAGAAAUCCUGAUGUGCAAGGUGCCCUUUGGAAGAUGCUGAUGGGGAGGUGGUCACUGGCUUGA